AUGGAUGCCAGCACCUCCAGAAAAGAACUCCGACGUCGCGGCCGGCGGAUUGCCGACAAGGACCGGAAGCGUGCUCUCAGGGCGUGUGACCGCUGCAAAAAGCGCAAGCACAAGUGUAUCGAGACUCCUGACGGGUUGUGCCAAAGAUGUCAGACUGGUGGGUACCACUGCAGUCUUGUUGAUGGCGAAACCGCUUCAAUAACGGCGAUUCUUUCGCAGCACGCUGAUUCGAGUGGUCUGAUGCGUCUGGAUCCCGAGCUCGAUGACCACUCCGGAAAGACUCCUGUUGCGAUGAGACAACAGCAGGUAGAUGCGGUCGCCGCUGACAUCACCUUAACAACCUCUGACUCCUCUGGCUUGGCGGGUUUUCUUGCCAGGUUGCGCGAAGCCUUCUGUCUGGAGCCACAGAGCGUACCCGAAGUUGGCGCAGCGAGACAUCAACGUUACCAGAGCGCUCCAUCCAACUCUCCAGGCGAGCGAGCACGUGCGCAUGCAGCAUUCUCAAAAUUUCCUCCAUUGUCUAUCUCACUGUUUCUGGUGGCUGUCUGUGUAGAGCAUGGCACAGAUUGCUUCUUUUAUUUCAACCAGUCGCGCUUCACAGCUGAUCUAGACGACUUGUACGAGAACCCAGCAUCGCGCCUUCGCAACGAUGCAAGCUUCAUCUGCCUUGCACUUGCAGUGUUUGCUCUUGGUAGCCAAUGGACGUCGCUCGCCAAGCCAUCGGAUGGUGUUUCGUCGCCGCCACUACAAACCGGCGAUCCCGGGCGUGUCUUCUAUGACCAGGCUAGAUUGCUCAUGGGCGACAUCAUUGAUUCUGCGUCUCUCGCCUCGGUCCAAGCGGCCUUUGUUCUGGGUGUCUAUCUGAUGCCAGCUAGCGCCAUCAGCGCUGCCUACGUGUAUAUGGGUCUUGCGUUACGCAAAAGCAUGGCACUUGACUUUCAUCGGGAAGUUUCGGACCCUACAUUAGGCGAUGCUGACCGAGAAGUGCGCCGACGCUUAUGGUGGUCUGUAUAUUCUCUCGAAAGAACGCUCACAGUGAAGCUCAGCAGGCCGCAAUCAGUCGACGGGAGCCAGAUCUCGGUCGCAUUACCCGAAGCUUGUGAUUACAUUGAUUCGAGCCAGAAGUUUAACAAUCUUCUGCUUCAGAUUGCAAAUGCGCAAUUGAUUGAAGUCCUAGACGACCUCUCAAAUCAUCCACCAUUGGACAUCGAACAACGUCUGGCCUUCGAGGCAAGACUAAAAGAGUGGAAGAAGUCUCUGCCGACUGCACUCAGACGAGAUAAAAUUCACGCUAAAUCCUCCUACUAUCGUGCUACCACACAUAUCUACUUGAAUUACUACUUCGCAUGGAUCGCAAUGGGCAAAAUCUCGGUGGUCACUGUUGCAAGGGCUCACCUGGACUCAGCACUUCGUCCCGGUCAGUCUCCAGUGGUUGUCGAUCCUGACGUCGCCGCACUUGCGCAAUCGUGCAUUAAACCUGCCAGGAAGAUGCUCCGGUUGUUCGACGAUUUGCAUAACACUGGCAACCUAACCAGGUUCUCGUUCACUGAUUUCCAAGGCUGCAGUAUUGCUACAAUCGUGCUUCUUGUAGCGGGCUUGAUUCCCGGAGAGUACGACUGCCAGCUGGUGGCUGCGGUCGGCCUCGACUACCUCAAGCUGAUGGCAGGGAAGAACGCCACUGCACAGAAAGGCGUUCACUUUGUCGAAGCAGUACGAGCCAUUGUUGCUGAAGCGACUACUAAGAUCAGGAACAAUCGCACACGAUCGAACGAGAAGUCAACGCCGAACGUACCUCCGUUCGAUGGGUCCGACUAUCACCAAUGGGCACAAUGGCUGACCACAGCGAGUCAUUCGGACACAGAACGAAACACGCAUGCAGCACAACCAGAAAUGUUUCAAGACGGACCCAGGUCAUCUCAGAACGCUGGACAAGGGCAUAUCUCAGUCCCGCCGACACCACCAUCGGUCUCUGGUGUCACCUUUCCCGAUGCUACCUGCAACUCAUUGGCUACGAAGCAGGCAGUUUCAUAUGAGGAAACCUUGCCUCAGACAUCUAUUGGAGCUGCCCUGGCAGAUCAGUGCGAUUCAAUACUGCGAUCGAAUGCAACCAUCCCAUACGACUUUCCUUCUAUCUUUGAGGACGAUCAUGAGUAUUUAAUGGGCCUUACGGGACUCGGGGUACUCGACUUUGCGGAACCGACUGAUCUCGACUUUCAGUUUGACAACCCGUACUGA